AUGGGUUACUCUCAACAAGCACGUCAUGUUGAUCUGGUUAUCGUGGGAGGUGGACCAACGGGAUUGCUAUCCGCUGUCCUCGCCCGUUCUUUAGGCCUGUCAGUGUAUAUAGUUGAUGCAAAGGAUACUUUCCUUGAGCUUGGUAGGGCUGAUGCACUGAAUGCCCGCACCCAGCAGUAUCUUGAAGUAUCCAAGACGCUACCAUUACUCGAACCGUUUGGCUUGCCUUGCAAUACAAGCUCAACCUUCGAAAAUGGACAGUUUACAUCCCAGCAAAACCGUUGGUGGACAUCAUUGACCAAUUGCCAGCGGCCCAAUUUCUUGAUGAUCGGCCAGCCCCAGGUUGAGGAAGCUCUCCUACACCAGCUCGAUGUGCCAGUCACAUACAAAAACUCCGUCACAUCCAUCGCCGAGUUUGACUCUGGUGUGGUAGUGACGACCGAUCAUGGGAAAACGGUGGUGGCCAAGUAUGCAAUCGCUGCCGAUGGUGCGCGUUCGUUUGUUCGUACUGCACUGGGGAUUCCAUUCCUAGGCACAAAGCCAGGGAUGGUUUGGGCUGUAUUGGAUACCUUCAUAGAGACAGACUUUCCCUGUUGUCCCGAAAUCAUCACCUUCCAGAAAGAUGGACAGUCCCGCGUCUCAUGGAUCCCUAGAGAGCGGGGGAUGAGCCGCUUUUAUGUUUUGUUGGACGGAGAAAUUACGCAGAAAAGGGCCGAGGUGUCCAUUCAAGAGCACAUGGCCCCGCACAAGAUUGAGUUCAAGAAGACAGAGUGGUUCAGCUCUUUUGAAGUGAAAGAGCGUGUUGCCAGCACGUUUGUUUCAAGGGAUGGAGAAGGACGGAUCAUUCUGGCGGGCGAUGCAGCACACGUCCACGCCGUAAACGGUGGCCAGGGCCUCAAUACGGGCAUUGCAGAUGCAUUCAACCUGGUCUGGCGCAUUGCAUUUGCAGCCAAAGGGUUUGGAGGACCUGUUCUUCUGAAAAGCUACGAUGAGGAGCGACGCGCGACAGCUGAGAAGGUUAUUGAUGUUGCUGCAAAACUGGUUCGCUCGACUGUCAAGACAGCGCUAGAAUACGUCAACCUUAUCGAGAAGAGCGCGAACUACAUUACAGGAAUGGGUGUUUCAUACCCACCGUCCAGCGCCUUGGUCCGAGCCUCUUCCUAUGCUGACUUCGUGGCGGGAAGCCGGUGUCCGGACCUGUGGGUAAAAACUCUUCCUCCCACUUCGUUGUUCAUCGAUGCCACAAAGGAGUCUCAGUCGUUGUUCUCUUCGACGAAGAAGAGGCUCUAUGAACUAUUCGAGUAUGGGCGAUUCAAGAUCUGUUUCCUUGGCAAGGAGCCCUCACUUCAGUGUCUGGAACAAGGAAUUGAGAUGCAACAGAAAGUGGAGUUCUGGCAUGUCCACUCUGGUGACAAGCGUGUGACAAACCUAAUCCAUGAGUUCCAGGGUGACUGGGUUGGUGAGCAAGCGACGGUGGUGGUGAUAAGACCAGACACGUAUGUGGGCUAUGUUGGUCCGGAUUGGCAACAAUACUUGGAUUCCGUUUUUGCUUAA